GAGAGUGAGCGUAGGGUAAACUCGUCUGUCGAGCAUUUCAUUUCAUUCCUACUUUUUUUCUGGCACUACAUCAAUUUUUCGGACUAAGGGAAAAUAACAAAAAUCAACUUGGAAAAACCAGUAGUAAAUUGUGAACUGCAAUAGAAAAGUGAAUUAAACACAUUGAACUAACUAGGCAGAUACAUCGACUGCACUAAAUUCUGAAGUGGCAGCCUCCCGUUGUUGGAGUCCCCAGUAGUAUCCUGAUACCCAUACAGAGGAUGUUCCGUCAACUUCAAUUGAAAGCCCCCUUCAAGGGGCUGCAGCUGAAACGCUCAUUGACCUACAAUCCAAAGCAAGCACAGCCAAUUGCUUUGGUCGAGGUCCCUGAGGAGAUUAAGCAGGAGCCUCAAUUCAAAUUGAAAUCGACGGCAGGACGCCAUGUAUCGCAGUUAGUCGUUAAGAUCGCCUCCAAGAUGGUAGAGUGCAACGCCAGAUCCCCAUUGGGCUACUCCAAUUUGCGCUUGGAGCUGCCGAUCUAUGAGAUGAACCACACAGACAUUAGGCAGUACAGCGUCUGCCUGAAUCCGCUGGAUCAACUGCAGAUAGAGCAGGGCAAGCUGAACCGCACUAACAACGUCUCGAUUGGCUACACCGACAUGGCCGUGGAGCAGCCGAACAGCACGGCUGUUGCACCCAUCGAGCCGUCGGUGGAGCAGAGUCUGAAGAACACUGGCACCGCCAAGCCGCCGCCACAGCCGAAGGUGCCAGAGCCGCCGGCCCGCAAGAUACCCUACUACAAUCCACUCAGACGCCGCAGCAAUGUCGAUCCGGCACGCGUACAGUAUAUCAAGGACAGAUUCAAAGAGCGUAACAUGGAGACCGACACCAACAAGCCGCAGGGCAAGAAGUUCGUCUCGCGCACCACCCUCCACUCGGGCCGCUUGGACAAGAUUGAUUAGAU